UAUAUGCUAUUGGUCAAGACUCAAUGAACCAUUUCUAUCCUAUUGCUUGGGCUAUUGUGGACAGAGAGUGCAAGGCAUCUUGGGUGUGGUUCUUGGAAUUACUUCAGAAGUCUCUAAACAUCAACAGUGGAGAAGGAAUCACAUUCAUGUCUGAUAUGCAAAAGGGAUUAAUUGAAGCUGUUAAAAAUAUUUUACCUAAUGCUAUGCAUAGAUUUUGUGUGAGGCACAUAGAGGUCAACUGGAGAAAAAAAGGUAAGAGAUCUAAAAUGAUGACUAAGGUAUUGUGGUGGUGUGCAUGGAGCACCUACAAAGAGGAGUUGGAUGAUUAUUUGAAGACCUUAGGUCAACUGUCUGAAGAAGCAAAAGACCAUAUGUUGCAUUUUCCAAUACAAACUUGGUGUAGAGUAUUUUUUGACACUGUUUGCAAGAACAACAAGGUGGAAAACAAUUUGGUUGAGUCAUUUAACUCUUGGAUAUUGGAAGCAAGACACAAGCCAAUAAUUGGUAUGCUUGAGGAUAUAAGAAUCAAUGUUAUGACCAAGUUUGUCAAAAAUGAAGAUGAACUGAUGGCUUGGAACU